AUGGAGUCUUUCACAUUUCCUAUCGAUGUUAGCGAACUGCAGUCAACGCUCAAUCCGCUCCUGCGAACACUACAAUCUUCUCCCAUAUUCGACACAAUCAAACCUUCAAGCGCAGCAGAUGGCAUCGCUGCCUUUCUUUUUCUCCUCUCCGCUCUUGGAUACGUAACGCGAGGUCGUCUUUGGGACAAGCCUGAUCCAAACUACAAAGUCUGGUUCGAGCGCCCACAGCUAGCAGAUGGCGCUUCAAGUAGCAAGACUGCUGCUACUCGAAAUGUUGCACAACGAUUGGAGGAAGGCGAAUACCAAGUGGUCAUCUUCUGGGGUUCACAGUCAGGCACUGCAGAGCGCUUCGCAGAGACUCUGGGCCGCGAGUGCCACACUAGAUUCGGUAUCAACGCGCUAGUAGCAGAUCUUUCUGAUUACGACGCCGAGUCAAUCGCAGAAGUCCAACAGAAACACUUCGCUAUUUUCCUCCUCAGUACGUACGGCGAAGGCGACCCGAGCGACAACGCCGCAGGGCUUUGGGACUGGAUCAAGCGCAUCAAGGAUCAGAGGACCAAGGUGGAUAACCUUCGAUAUUUGGCGCUUGGUCUUGGGAACAGCAACUAUAAAUAUUACAAUCGGGUUCUUGAUGUCGUGGUUGAGGCACUCGAUGCCGCUGGGGCAACAUCACUCAUGCCACCACAGCGAGCAGACGAUGCUGAAGGUGCGACCGAGGAAGACUUUCAGUCAUGGAAGGACGACAUGUUUGCAUUGCUUCGUGGCAUGGGUUACGAGCAGAAGACUGUUGCAUAUCAGCCUACCGUCAGCGUUGAGUUUGGUGAGAAAGCUGAGAAGGAGAAGGACGACUCCGUUCAUCAGGUUUCGGUGCACCACCAACAAACAUCGCUGAACUCGGCCAUCUUCCCGUUACCUGUGCGAAGCUCUCGCGAACUCUUUACAGCCGGCGAUCGAAAUUGCAUCCACAUGGAGCUCGAUCUUGGAAAUAGCGAUCUGGUCUAUAAGACGGGUGACCACAUCGGAGUCUGGCCGUGCAACCCUGACGAAGAAGUUGAGCGACUUCUGGAAACUUUGGGUCUCAGCGCUCGGAGUAAGGAUACUCUUACAAUCGCAGCGCUGGAUGAUUCUGCGAAGCCUAAGGUGCCAUCUGGAAGUACGCUUGAAGCUGCACUGCGACAUCACCUCGAGAUUUGCGCGUCUGUUUCCCGAAAGACGGUCUUCGAACUUGCACAAUUUGCUCCAACCGCCGAAGCGAAAGCCAUGCUCACUGAGAUCGGUCAAGACCGCACUCGCUACGAACAAUUGACUUCAUCCACGCACAUCACCCUCGCACGACUGCUGCAACUCGCCAGCCCACUGGAACCGUGGACUGCCCUGCCACUAUCCUUCGUAGUAGAGACUUUGCUUCCGCUGCAACCGCGAUAUUACUCUAUCUCUUCAAGCUCCGUCAUCUCUCCACGUCGCAUCGCAUUGACCGCCCUUGUUGUCAACAAGGAGGUCACAGACGAGAACAAGAGCACAAUCCACGGUCUGACAUCGAAUUACCUCCUCUCCGCAUCCAAAUUGCCCUCAAACGCGAAAGUGGCCACUCCAACGUUCCAGCAUACUUCGUCAACAGGUGGAGAGGGUGGAACCGUUUUCGCACAUGUGCGGAAGUCUAAAUUCAAGUUACCGAUCACGUCUUCCACUCCCCUCGUUUUGAUUGCCGCGGGAACUGGCUUCGCUCCGUUCCGAGCCUUCCUCGCUGAGCGCGCUAAGCUGCAUGCUCUGGGCAAGCCUGUGGGUCGCAUGCUAUUGUUUUUCGGCUGCCGUAGCUCAGACUCGGACUACAUUUACCGCGAAGAACUGGAGAAGCUGCAGGAGACGCUCGGUGAUAAGCUCCGGAUCGUCACCGCCUUCUCAAGAGAGGGGAAUAAUAAGAGGGUCUACGUGCAAGACCGGGUGGUGGAAGAGAGUGAGACCGUGCUAGAGAUGCUUAACGCAGGGGCAAAUAUGUACAUUUGUGGAAAGGCAAGUAUGGCGAGGGAGGUUGAUGGAAAGAUGGAGGAAGCUGUGGCCAAGCAAAAGGGGAUGAAUGAGAGUGAGGUGAAGAACUGGACUGAUGGUUUGAAGAAGCGAGGAAAGUGGAAGGCAGAUGUUUGGGGCUGA